AUGAACAGGCUAGGGCUCUUGCACCCUUCAGAGCUUGGAUCUGAAUCUAAAGCUUUGUACGAUGUCUUCCUUGACUACACGACCAGCCGUUAUGGCAAGCCCAAAACUCCAUACAUCUUGGACGAUGGUCGCUUUGUAGGACCAUUUGCUGUCCAAUUACAUACCCCUGCAGUUGGCCAUCAUUUUUUAGGCAUGGCCAAAGCUCUUCGUCAGCUUCCUGGGUUGAGUGACCUUAAUCGUGAAAUCGCAACUAUUGUGGUUGGGGCCAGAUUUGAUGCGGCAUAUGAACUAGUUGCUCACAAAGACUUGGGGCAGAAAUUCGGAUUGACUGAGAACGAGUAUCUGGAUAUUUUGCAUGGCAGGAAACCAGAGAGCUUAACAGAGGAAGGAAAGGCCGUUUUCGACGUGGCAUAUGAACUUGCCUAUGGUUCAGGGCCAAUGGCACAGAAAACGUGGGACAAUGCAGUCAGAUUGAUUGGCAAGGACGCUACCACGGCUGUCGUUCACUAUGUCGGGUUUUAUAGCUAUGUCAGUAUCAUCUUGCGAGGAUUUGAUGUCAAGGUUCCGGAAGCACCUAGCGUCGACUAG